AUGAUCGGUGCCGCAAGGCGCUGGCUCCGGCGCAAUAGCAAGGGUCUCGCGAUCGGGGCCAGUGUAUUGGGAGCUGGCUAUCUGGCUGGGCAAUAUUUGCUGUCCAAGUGGUCCGAUGCUCGUGAACGUAUGAGUAGCGACAACAUUUCACGAGAAAAUUUGCGACGACGUUUUGAACAAGAACAGAUCGAUUGCACUUACAAUACCCUCGGUCUUUUACCGGCCGCAGUUAAUAACAUUGUCGAUGCGCUCCCAGUUGAGGAGUUGACAAAUGAAUUACAGAAGAAGAGGGCGGAGAAGUUGGCACGGAUUCGGUCGGGAGAAGGUACAAGCUCUGAACUGAGUUCAGUAUCUCCUAGCCUGCUUGAAGAUGAUCAGAAAAGUCUUUCGAGCUUCCAAAGUGAAAGCUUUAUGCACACCAGCCAGCUUGGGGAUUCUGUGAACUUCGAGAGCCAGCCCCGAGUGAAACGGACCAAGACCCAGCUGUGGAACGAGGUCAAGAUCACAUCUAUUACACGGUCCUUUACUUUGAUCUACACACUCUCUUUGCUUACUAUCUUCACUCGCGUUCAGCUGAACCUCCUCGGACGUCGGCGAUACCUAUCCAGCGUUAUUUCUCUUGCUACUCCCCAGGCCGACGCGGCCAUCAACUUGGAAGAUCUCGAUGGUGAUCUGUCACAUACCCUGGGCGAUGACCCUGAGACCAACCUACGAUAUGUUACUUUCAGUUGGUGGUUGCUUCACCGUGGAUGGAAGAAAGUGAUGCAGCAGGUUCGGUCCGCUGUGGAAGAAGCCACUAGUUCGCUCAAUGUACGUGGAGAUAUCAGCCGGUCACAGCUGUCGGACUUGAUUCUUCGCAUCAGAGAGAAGGUGGAGGGGGGCUCUGAAGAAGAGCGACGGUCUAAGAAUUGGCUUUCCUGCUUGCUUCCACCUCCAGAGGAGGAGGAGUAUGUUCUGCGUGAGUCUGGAGUGAAUGGACUGGCCGAUAAGCCAUCCCCGCAGACAGCUUCAAAGCUUCGUCGCCUCUUGGAUGAAACAGCAGACUUAGUUGAAUCACCUUCUUUCACCUUUAUUUUGACCAAGCUCAAUGGCGAAGGCUUCUCGACCUUACUUGACCAGGCUUUCCCUUCUUCUUGCCCCAACGAGGGACGAGGACCGGCUCCUCAGUCUUUCGACUCUGUGGCAACAGUUAUUCCCCCUCCCCCUCGGGAACCAAAGACAAAACUCGCCAAUCUCCUUGCAGUACUAGCACGUCAGGCACAUGUGAUUGGUAACGGAUUGCCAAGUCACGUCUCACCACACGUUUCAUACACGGUAAAAGAUUUACAUCAACUAAAUGGGUAUCUGGCCGCUAUGGUUCAGAAUGUGGGGGAACUAGAGGCCUUUUCGGCUGUGAUUUACAGCUCGAACUUUGACCCCGAAAUCCUCGGUGCCGGGAGAAAGGCCGCUGAAGCCGUAGCAGGAGAAUCGGUGAACCAUGAUUCUUCUGCUUCCUCACCUAUAGGGCCUAUUGAGAAUCAAUCAGAAGAUGUUCCUAGUGAUGACAUGACGCAGAGUCUUCCUGUUCUCAUGAGCAAUGACGAGGAAUUCCCUAAGCUGCCACCCCAGGAGAAUCUGGCUAACCCAGCUUUUGAAGAAGCCUGGGGAAAAGCAGUUGAGGACAAGGAGCAGGGAGCUCCAUGA